AUGGAUGUUGUUGUUAAAGUCCCAUCAAAAGAAGCAUUCCGAUUGGAUAUGAUAAUUGAAGAAACAAAAAUAAAUGCACAAUUAAAACAUGAAAGAAUUGUUGAAUAUAUUGGUUAUUAUAGGGAUGCUUUUAAUGAUAUGAGAAUUAUUUUAACUGUCGGACAUAUUUUUAAUUUUAUUGGCCAAAUAGCUGAAGGAAUGGAAUAUUUAUCUUCCAAAAAGAUAAUACACAGAGAUUUGGCUGCAAGGAAUUGCAUGUUGAAUCGUGAUUGUACGGCUAUUAAAAUAGCUGAUUUUGGAUUAAGUCGACAUUUCAAUGCAGAUGCUAAUUAUACUUGUUCAAGUCCUGUACGUUUGCCUUUGCGUUGGACAGCUAUUGAAUGUCUGGGACAAAAUGGGGAAAUUCUUCCAUAUAGCAAAUUCUCUGAAAAAAGCGACGUUUGGUCGUUUGGAAUUGUUAUUUGGGAAUGUUUCUCUCGUGGAGAAAUGCCUUAUGGCACAGAAGAAGUUAGGGACGUUUUACCAAAAUUAAAGUCAGAUUGGCGACUUCCCCGCCCUUCUCAAUGUCCAGCUGGACUUUAUGGACUUUUAGUUUUAAAAUGUUGGGAUAUAUUUCCAGAGAAAAGGCCAAGUUUUUCUUCAAUUUGCAUUUCCUUAGAAGAAAUAUUUUCACUUUUGAUUGUCGAAGAGCCAGAUAUUGUUGUUCGAGAAAUUAUUUAA